AAGGGCAUUCUGCGCCGUGGGUGUGUCAAAUUCCCGGAUAAGACUCUCGGAUAUCUAACAGAUAUAGUUGAGGCUUGCGUUGCAACUCCCUAUGGUUUUAAUGCAAGUGCUUGUCAAUUUUAUCAGGAGAAUGUUAUGUUAGGGUCGAGUAUAGGAAUAAUUGAAUCUUAG